AUGGAAGAUAUAUUCACAGAAGAUGACGAGUUUCUAAACGGAGAUAAUCUUGAUGAUUUGUCACAAUUAGAUUUGUCUCCAACAAUAGAAGAAAGUCAAUUUGUUAAACAUUUAUUAAAUGGACUAUCACUUGAAAAUCAAGUUGCAUACGAUCAAGCAUUGAAUGAAUUACUUCAAAUAAAAAACAACCACCAAUUAGUAAAUCAAAAGUUAAGGAACAUCAACAACAAUGCAUUUGAACCAUUAUAUGAGUUUCGUCUUGCAGAAGUUAAUCGUAAAGAUGGAUUAAGUUUGUAUUCGUCUGUUCUCAAUGGAUCUGAUCGUGUGGAUUUUAUUUCUCCUGAAACUUUACAUGAAAAGGUGGCUAGUCAUAUACUUCAAUCAAAAUAUGUAAACGUUGAUAGUUUCUUAUCUGAAGCACAAUAUAAAACUCAAGAAGAAUAUUGGGAUAAAAUCAAACAAGGUGCUACAUUGGAUGGCUCACCAAUACUUCAAGUUUUGGCAUCUUUGUAUCCAAAAUAUUUACUCUGUAUUAUUUCAAGAACCGAAUGUGGACCUGAAAAAGUUGUUAUAGAUGUGUUAAAAUAUGUUGACGACAUUUCAUCGUACAAGAAAUGUGUUUUUAUAUAUUAUGAUGGUAUAGUUGGUCAUUAUAGACCUUUAUAUUUAUACAAUAAAAGGAAUGAGGAAGAAGAAAAAAGCAAUUUUAAAUAUAAAGACAAUAGGAUGAGACUUCUUGUUCGAAACUUUAUUCAAGAAGAACUUAAAUAUAAUGACUAUGUUGAUUUCGAAGAUACAAGUGUCAUCAAUCGACCUGAAAUAAUAUCAAACGAAAACAUGGAAGAUGAUAUUCCAUCUGAUUUAUCUGCUGAUAAUAGUAUUAUGAAUACAGAACAAGCAUCAGAGGACGGCGAGAGUUCGUCUAUAACAAAUGCAACAAAGAUCUUUUCAUCAUCAGUAUCGAAUACAAAUACAGACGAUCACAUACCAACAGAAACAUCAAGAGAUUCAUUGGGAAUAACACAAAAAUUUGUUCGAAAAGAUGCUCUUGGUGGCGGUGAUUGCCUUUUUUCAUCUCUUUGCAACGUAUUGGAUAUUGCCGAUAAAAUUACCAUUAAAGAUUUACGUAAGCAAGUUGCUGAUUUUAAUCGUCAACCGGGUAAAAUUGAUGAAGAUUGGUUAUUAAAUACAACCAAGAAAACUGUUGACCAAUAUUGUGAUAAGAUGGAAAAAACUACUGCAUGGGGUGGUCAACCAGAAAUUCUAGCUGUAGCUGAAUUGUAUGAGACAAAUGUUCGUGUUAUAAGGGUUGAUCCUCAACAAUCAUAUGUAUCUAUUUCUGAACUUCCUUCAAAUCAAACAUCAUUUAAAAAAUGUUGUUAUAUUAUUCUUAAUAAUGAUCAUUAUGAAUCAUUACAUCUACGUAUUGGAAAUAAUUCAAAUGACGAACAUUCAAUUUUUGAUUCCAAUGAUGAGGAAAAUGAAGCACCGAUGGUUUAUUUAAUUAUAGAUUAUAAAUUGAUAUCAUCCAACAAUACGACAGAUAUUGACAAACUUGUAAUGCAGCUUCAUGAAAAAUCUUUCGAACAGUUUGUUGAACCAACCAACUUAAUAACCAUGACUGGUACCAAAAAUUUAUCAAAGAAACGAAAACGAGGAGAAAAUGACGACGAUUUAACUAUAGACGAAACUACAAAUAUAUUGGCUUCAUCAAUUUUGAAGAAAAAUAAUGUAUCUCAUACAACGCCCAUAGAACAAUAUCAACUAGGAGAUGCAACAAACUCUCAUAACAAACAAAAUCAACAACAAAUAAGAUUUCAAACUGAACCUACACAAAAAUUUCGUGCUCGCUAUUUAACUCAGUAUAUACCGAAGAACACAUACAAGCGUGAUGGUAAAACAAAAUCUAAACAAAGUAGUCCCACGUAUUUUCCUGAUAGAAACAAUAAACAUUGUCUCACAUUAUUGAUUCCAUCAAUGCUUGUAUUCGGUGAAAAUCCUGUUGAUCUUCAUCGUAUUAAAGUAGAAAUUUGCAUAGUAACAGUGCCUAUCGAUGAAUGUAUUUAUAUUCAUCCAUAUUUUAAGUUUUACAAACCUAAAAAGGAUGGAACUUAUUCUUUAUUUAAUCCAAUGUCUUUAUGUCUUGGAUACGAUGAGGCAGCCUCUUAUCAUUAUACAUCUUCCACUAAUAGUGGUGCAAAUCGUGAACGUCCACGAAAACCUCGUUAUGAUACACGUCAUAAAGAUAUUGGUUCAUCAUCAUCAUCAUCAUCAUCAUUAUCUUAUAUAACACCAAAUACACAUCAUCAUCAUUAUUAUCGUCGUACAUUAUCACCAGUAUCAGUUGGAGAUGUAUGUAAUCGUAUUAGUAAAGUUUCAUUUGAAAAUUAUAAUCAUAUAAAUGGUACUCGAAUACGUAAUCGUUCCGCAGAACCUCGUCAUUCGGAUAAACCUCAUGAUAAUCGUCCACCAUCAGUUAAUGCUAUUCGAUCUGUUGUACCAGAUCGAUUACAACAAGAUCAAAUCCCUAUUUGUUCUCGACCAGAUUCUGGUGGUAGCAAAGGACAAUGUAUUACGCUUUAUACAAAUCAUUUUAAAUGUAAUUUACCUGAUAAUCUUGCUAUUAAUCAAUAUACUGUUCAUGUUAAUGUAUUUAAACGUGGUAAAUGGUGUAACGCAAAUAAACGUCAACAUAAUCGUUUUGAAAUAGUUCAAAAAAUUCUUGAACGAGAAGCUGAUAAUCUACCUUUUGUAUGGUUUGAUGAUGGUAAUUUUCUUUAUUCCCGUGAAUUAUUACUUGAUAAAGCUAAAACUUAUGAAAUAACAAUAAAAAAUCAAUUAUAUCAAUUAGCUAUAAAAGAUAUGUCAGAUCGUGUUACAGUUGAAGAUAUGUGGCAAUUUGUUCGAAGUAAAACACCAUAUAAACGUCCUCAAGAUUUAAUACGUAUGCUUGAAACAUUACUUAAACAAACCAUACGUUCACGUAUGGUUUGUAUUCGUAAUCAAUUUUUUGAAAAAAAUCAAACAUUAUAUGAUGGUGGAUCAUUUCAAAAUAGUGGUUUUGCCUUAGCUCAAGGUUUUUAUCAAGCUAUGUUUGUUACACAAGCUGGACCAACAUUAACAAUUGAUACAAAAUGUUCAUGUUUUUAUCGUAAUAUUGAUAUGCUUCAUUUCAUAUCAAUUUAUCUUGGACGAGAUAUAACCAUGAAUGGAGGUAUGAUUUCUCAUGAUGAAAAACGUGCAUUAUUAAGAAUGAAAUGUUUGGAAAUAAUUACUAUUGAAACUCGACAUACAAAUAAUAAAAUGGUUUAUAAUAUUCGAGGUUUUGGUGAUAGUGCUGAUUGUCAUCCAGUAACAUUAGAUGGACCUGAUGGUGAUUCACGUAAAAUGUCUGUAACACAAUUUCUUGCUGAAAAAUAUCACAUUAAAUUAAAAUAUCCACGUUUACCAACACUUGAAUGUGUUAAUAAAGGAGCACAAAAUUCAUCUUAUAUACCAAUUGAAUUAUGUUUUGUUGAAGAAUGGCAAAUAGUUGAUCGAUCUUUAAUGACAUCAGAACAAAAUGCUGAAAAAUCUAAACUUUCAAUUUUAUUACCUGAAAUACGUUUUAAUAAAACAAUGACAAUAGCUCGUGAAAGAAAUUUUAAUAAUGAUCCAUAUUUAAAACAUUUAUCAAUGACUAUUGAUACGAAUGAAAUGUUACAAAUUAAAGCACGCGUACUUGAUCCACCUAAUAUUGUUUAUCGAAAUAAUCGUGUUGUUUCAGUUACUAUUGGUAAAUGGCUUAUGAAAGGAAAUCAAUUACAACAAGCUACACGUGUUCAUAAAUGGGAAAUGAUUUUAGUUAAAGAUGGAAAACGUGAACCAGGACAUAUGGAUAUGCAAAAAUUAGAUGAAUUUUGUAAUAUGUUACCAGAAACGACACGUCGUUACGGAAUUCAAAUGAAUCCUCAUUUUGAAACGAAAAUCAUUUCUCAUAAUCAAAUUCGUCAAUGUGUUCAUGAUUUACAUGCUAGUGGUGCUGAAUUUGGUUUAUUUGUAUUAAUUGGUGAUUGUCCUGAAUCAUAUCAAACUAUAAAACGUUGUGCAUUACAAGAGUUUGGUAUUAUUACGCUUUGUUGUGAUUUAGGUUCAAUUCGAAAGCAAAAUAAUCCUGGCAAACUUAAUGCUUAUAUUGAAAAUGUUGCUCAAAAAAUUAAUGCACGUUUAGGUGGUAUUAAUUCAACAGUAUCAUUUAAAAAAAUUUUUGUCGAUCAAUCAAAAUUGAAUGGUGAUGUUUUUAUGUUUAUUGGUGCUGAUGUCUCACAUGUUGUUGUAUCUGAACGUAAACCAUCAAUAGCAGCUGUUGUUGCAAGUGUAUCACCAACAUCAACACAAUAUAUAUGUCGUUCAAGUGAACAACGACCAGUAAAAGAUAAAAAAUAUUCAUUAGAAGUUAUUAAAGAUUUUCAACCUAUGACACGUGAUCUUUUACAUGUAUUUGUACAAACAAAUAAACAAUAUCCAACUAAAAUUGUUGUUUAUCGUGAUGGUGUUGAUGAAGGACAUUUUCAAAAGAUACUUGAUAAUGAAGUUCAAGCACUUAAAAAUGCUUGUUUAGAGGUAUAUGGUAAUCGUCCAUUACCAAAAAUAACAUUUGUUAUAAUAAAAAAAUCACAUAAUACACGUUUUUUUGCUUAUGAUGGUCAACGUAUAACAAAUAUGGCUGCUGGAACAGUUAUUGAUACAACUAUUGUACAUCCACGUCAAUUUGAUUUUUAUCUUAAUUCUCAUGCUGGUGCACUUGGUACCAAUGUUUGCUCCUACUAUCAUGUUUUGUAUAAUGAAAUCGGAUUUACUAGUGAUGAAUUGCAACAAUUAACUUUUUGGCUUUGUCAUACUGAUGUACGAUGUACAAAAGCUGUAAAAUGUCCAGCAGCUGCUCGUUAUGCUCAUACAGUUGCCUAUCAUGCAAGAUAUUUUGAAAAAGAACCAUAUCAAACAACAUCACAACAUCAUUCAAAUCGAAAUACUACACAAGAUGAAGAUGAUCUUACGUUAGAAGAUAUCAAAAGUAAUCUAAUUAUGGUUAAUAAAAAUGUUAAAAAUAUGAUGUGGUUUACAUAA